CACCAGGAGGGAGUUCAACUGAGUGCGUCUAGCUUACCUACCUACCAAGCCAGCACCUACCGCCCCCGGGGAAACAUGAAGCGCAAGUGUAUCUGCGAGAUCUGCACCUGCGGGCGCCACCGCUGCCCCCACAACCCUACAAUGAUUUUCGAGAAAUCUGGAAAACCAUGUGUUCUUACUGAAUAUGUAGAAAAAUAUCCACAGUAUGAUCAAGUGCUGCCACCAAAAAGCAUGAAACCCAAGGAAGAACUCCAAGGAAACCAUGGAAGAAUGGAAGGAGUCUCAACCUUUAAGUCAGAUUAUCUUCCAUAUGAUGUGCUUAACCGACCAAGACGUCAUCAGGAAGUAUAUCAACCAAAGUCUGGCCACAUGGAUCAUGGGACAACCUAUAAUAGGGAUUUUAAUACUUAUGAAAUACAACCCGUGGCACCAGUGCGUCCAGUCGAAAGACGACAGAAUAUGGGAAAGUUUGAUGGAAACCCUACAUAUAAAGAUGAUUUCAAAGCAUGGGAUAUCCAAAAAAGGGAACUUGCGAAACAGGAUAACGCUUACCAACCUCCAAAAGAGAAGUUUGGUAAUUUAACUACCUUUCAGGAUGAUUAUUUUCAAAAGGAACUGAUCCCAAGAGAAAGCUACAGACCUCCAAAUGUAUCUAGACGUAUCAACAUUCCUUUUGAUGGCAUUACAAGCCAUCAUAUUUCUUACAUACCGUACAAACUGGAACCAAAGCUUGUUAGAGAUAGAGAAGAAUAUAAGCCUAGUAGCCAACCAUUUGAUGAUCUCACCACCCAUCGCCUCAAUUACAAGGGUGCACUUGGUGAGUUAACAAAGAGCUUUAAACCAGAGCAUGGGAAAGUUGGUAGCAGUGCAAGGUUUGAAGGUAGCUCUGAAUUUAAAGAUAGCUUCCAGCCAUGGCUGAUACCCACACGUUUUAUUCAUAAAGGGGAGGCAUAUAUUCCACCUAAUACUCACAUGGAGUCAGAUACUACAACUCAUAGAGAUUAUGUUCAGCACCAGCUAAGUUAUGUUGCCCCCGCCAGACCUGUGUCCCAUGGUAGAAGAAGUAGUGCACCCUUCCAAGGAAAUACUACAAUGAAAGAUGAUUUUAAAGCCUGGGAAGCCCAGCGUCAAGGAAUUAUCAAGAGAGAGCAUCAAUUGCCAAAUGCUAGUGGAAAAUUUGAUGGAUUAACUACAUUCCGAGCUCACUAUCAGCCCCAUGAGAUAAGUCUCACUGAAAAUUAUAAGCCUUACAACAUGGCAGUCCGAAAUUCUGUUCCAUUUGAGGGUGAAACCAUGUAUCACUCAGAGUAUACAGCCAAAAAGAAUGAAAUCUGUCCAGCAGUUUAUCCAUCUCCACCUGGCUAUGUUUUUGAAAGUGUUGAUAGCCGAGGUCACAAAAUGUACCGGAAGACUCUUACUCCAGAAAUGAAUUCAUUUUCUAAGGAAAAUGGAAACAAAAUGUCUCAAGCUAUCGCCGUGAUGUCUUAAAUGAAGUUAAGAAGAAUAUAUUGUGCAAAAUAAAUUACAAUCUAUAUUCUGUAGAAACAUUUGAAUUUUACUAAUCAUUUUUUCUAUUUUCAUUUAUCAUAUAUAUAUUUGCUAUCUGUAUAUUCGCAGGGCUCAUGGGGGCAUGAUAAUGCAACUUAAUAUUAUAUUUUAAAUAUUAUUAGAAUUUUAAUUAUGGCUGAUCUGAUGACCAAAUUUAGACAUAUUACAAUGAAUCGGAUAUUCAAUAACUGGCAUGAAUACUUUCCAGUAAGGCAGUAUAUAUUGUAUGUGUAUAACAGCAAACAGUCUAUCAAAAUAGAUAUGUUUUGCAAUUAAACCAAAGUGAUUGUCUGAAAAAACAAAAUGGCAGUAUUUUGCAUACAUGGGUAUCAAAACAAACAAAAAAAGUAUUGUAGAAAUGUAACUAUUUUAUUUUCAAAAAUAUCUGCAAAAUUGUUAUUGAAUCUGCAGCUGGAAAUAUUUGAGCUAUUUUGUUUUUCAGGAUAUAUAUAUGAACUGUAAGUGGUACGAAAAAGCAACAAAAAAAACAAACAAACUCAAUAGUCUGUCACUCAUGAUUACUUCUUCAACCAAUCCACAUAAACUUGUACUUUAACCGAAAAUUUUAGUUUGUGCUUUACUUCAAAGAAAUGAUGACAUUUUGUAUAACUGUAAUGUGACAAAUCUGAUAGUUUCAUUCACUUUAGAUUAAUAACAAUCUUUAUUAUCCUAUGAUCAAAUUUUAACUAUCUCAAAUAAAUUAUG